ACCCAUGCAGACCUGGCAGGACUCAACGCAGGCCUGCCAGCUCCACUGCCCUGAGCUGCCCUGGUGCCAGGGCCAGUGGGCAGUGGUGGAGCCCCAGUGGCUUGGGAUGGGGAGACCGGGACUCUGAGCUGGCAGCAUGGCUGGUGUCUGCUGGGUGCCACUGCAUUCCCGCCGUGUGCUGGGCCCCGGGAUCCACUGGUUCCUGUCACCCUCGUCUGCCCCUGAGGGUGCGGCCAUCUUCUAGAAGGGGAAACUGAGGGUCAGCGCGGGACGUCGGGGGAGCCCAGGCUGGCCCGGGGAGCAGUUGGCGGUGGAGGCCUUGGGCAACUUCCCGUGUUCCCACUGAGUGGGGCUGUCCCUGGGCCUGGGUGGGGACGCCGCCAACUGCCAAGGCCGGCGUAUAAGGGCGGCCACCGCCUUAGCCACAGAGCUGCUCCACCAUGACCCGGCUGACAGUCCUGGCCCUGCUGGCUGGUGUUCUGGCGUCCUCGAGGGCCGGUGAGUGCCUGUGUGUGCCAGGUGGUCCCCAGUCUGUGCUGGGGGCCCGGCUGCCAGGGCAGAGCUCAGACUCAAGGCACAGAGAAGGCAAGCGGCUUGGCCUGGGUCACACAGCCAGCCCAGCCUGGACAGUCCCGGGAGAGGCGUGCGGGCGGAGGGUGUGUGGGACUCAGGGCCCACCUGUCCUUUUUGGGAGUGGGACGAUGGGGGAGGGUGGGUCCUCCUGUAGCCCCACUGUGUGGAUGGAGCUGGGGCUGGAGCUUCACGCGCCCUCCACUGGGUGGAUGGAGCUGGGUCUGGAGCCUCACACGCCCUCCACUGGGUGGAUGGAGCUGGGUCUGGAGCUUCAUGCGCCCUCCCGGCCACUGAGUGGGUUCUCGGGGAUCUCAGCGCUGCCUUCCCCCGACCCAGGCUCCAGCCCCCUCGUGGACAUCGUGGGCGGCCGGAAGGCGAGACCCCGCCAGUUCCCGUUCCUGGCCUCCAUCCAGAAUCAAGGGAGGCACUUCUGCGGGGGUGCCCUGAUCCAUCCCCGCUUCGUGAUGAGCGCGGCCAGCUGCUUCCGAAACCAGAACCCCGCGACUGUCACCGUGGUGCUGGGCGCCUAUGACCUGAGGCGGCGGGAGAGGCGGUCCCGCCAGACGUUUUCCAUCAGCAGCAUGAGUGAGAAUGGCUACGACCCCCAGCAGAACCUGAACGACCUGGUGCUGCUUCAGCUGGACCGCGAGGCCAACCUCACCAGCAGCGUGGCAACACUGGCACUGCCCCUGCAGAACGCCACGGUGGAAGCCGGCACCAGAUGCCAGGUGGCCGGCUGGGGGACCCGGCGUAGUGGGGGGCGUCUCUCUCGUUUUCCCAGGUUCGUCAACGUGACCGUGACCCCCGAGGACCAGUGUCGUCCCAAUAACGUGUGCACCGGUGUGCUCGCCCGCCGGGCCGGCAUCUGCAAUGGGGACGGGGGCACCCCCCUCAUCUGCGACGGCCUGGGGCACGGCGUGGCCUCCUUCUCCGUGGGGCCCUGUGGCCGAGGCCCCGACUUCUUCACCCGAGUGUCGGUUUUCCGAGACUGGAUCGAUGGUGUUCUCAACGGGGGACCAGUGUCAGCCUAGGGGGGGCCUGUGACCUCCCACAGAGCCCAGCCCUGCCCUCCACGCCUCCCGCGCUCCGAACCCACCUCCCACGGCCCCGCCCCUGCCCCCACUCCGGCCGGCGUGGCCCUGGCCGUAAUAAAGAAGCCAAUCUCGCCUC